AUGAACAAGUUAAUAUUAUUUUUAUCUGUAUUGUGCCUGGCACAUUUAAUAUAUGGAUGUUCCCAAGAUUGGGAAUGUGGAAACCCUCCAUAUUCAUUCUGUUUGACCAACUUUGACAGUUUCCCUGGUCUGGGCCUGGACGAAUCCGAGAACAAAUUGGUAAUGGUCGGCAAAUAUAAUAAUAGCCAAGGUCCAAAUGGUAAUCCAACAUUGGUCAGCCUUUCAACAUCAGGCGGUGCCCUCACCAAAGAGUAUGAGAUCACCACCGAUAUCAUUGGAGGAUCUGGAUACCGUGUGACCUCUGCUCUGUUUGCCUAUGAACCAUUGGGCAACCUCCCAUACAUCAAGACCAACCAGAGAAUGGCCCCUGCUAUUGGACCAUACAACCAUGCCUCCAACACCUACGAUGGCAUCUUCUUCACCAGAGGAUACAACCUUGGUCUGGCCUUUGACGGCCCCAAGGACAAGACUUACUGGUGUGAUUGGAGCUUGAACUAUCUCGAUAGGAUUAUCCUUCAUUCAACUGAUAUGGUGGACCGCAAGCCUCUGAUGGACGGUUACAUGAGAUGUAACUUCAUGUCUGUUGCUCCCAAUUUGCUCUAUGUUGUCGACUACUUCAACUACACUACCAACUCGACAAACGUAUACAAGAUUGACUCCAAUUGCCACAACUGCUCAUCAUCCAGCUUGAUCCUGGUGGGAUCUGUUCCAUUCGAGGUGUAUUCCUUCCAGUAUGCUCUUGGUUAUCUCUACUUUGGAACACACCCAUCGCAAUGGACGACACAAAAGUCUGGCAUUUGGAAGUCUUAUGCCGACACUGGAGGCGCUAUUGGAGCAUGGAUAACGACCGAUCCAGUGUCUGAGAGCAUGGUUGUCGACAGCACCGCCACCUUUGUCUACUACAAGACUGGAUCAGUGAUUAAGAAGAUCGGACCAGGAGCCCCACCACCUAGUGGUGUUGUGAUCUUUGACCCAGCUGCAUCACCAUUGGGCCAAUGCAAGUGUGCCAGAGGCUUCACCGGUGCUCAGUGCCAGACAUGCACUGGUACCACACGCUGGGUUGAUGGUGUGCCAGAGUGUGUUGCUAAGCUUCCAAAUGGACAGCCAGAGACAUGUAUCUAUGACUAUGAGUGCCUCCAGGUACCAUUUGCUUACUGUGGACAAGGAACUUGCACAUGCCGAUCAAACUUCUAUGGCAACACCUGUCAAUCUUGUAAUGGUGUUGUUGAAUGGUCAUAUGGAUUCCCAAGCUGCAAUAUA